AUGCAAAAGUACAAGGUUCCAUUGAGAUGGAGAGACAGAUGCGCUGCUUACUUUGCUCUUUACCAGACGUGUCUCAUUAGACAAAGCGCCAACUCCAAGGUGGACUGCCACCACGACAAGCAUGUGUGGGAGGAGUGUGAGAUAUUGGAUUUGAACAGAAGAAAACAGGAGUUGAAGGAGGUCAAGGACAAGUUGAGAGAAGAGGCGUAG